UUGUGAUAAACUUAUUAAAUAGGUUUUCUAUCAAAUGACGAAAGCCUAAUCAGCUUGAAAUUUGUGAAUGUUAUUUGAUACGAGGUUUCGGAUGAGAAAAUAAUUGAAGAAUGAUUUCAAGAGGUAGAGUGAAGUCCAGAAUUAGCGAGGAUGUUCAAAGUGUAACUCUUUAUAGACAUAGACAUAUCUUACUUCAUCUCUAUGCCGUGCCAUUUGCUAUUUUAUAUUUGGCUUGGGCUGCAUAUUAUUUCCACUUGAAUCCCGAUGGUGUUGCCAAACUUAAGAGCUUAGACUUUUUUGUGAGUUCGAACUCAUCACUCAAUUCAACUGAUGAAAUUGUUGGAACUGGCGAUGAAGCUCAAGCUACCUCGAUAUCUAAACCGAAUCUGACGAGCGAAGAGGAAAAGAAACUGGCAAUCGAAGCGGCCAAUGAUCUGCCUGAUAUAUCCAACCUCUCUCCCGAAGAAUUGUGGCUUGUGGGCGCCGCCUUGCUUGGUAUUUUACACCUUUUGCUAUGCCUGUCUUGUGUUUGGAGCGUACACAUAAGAUGCAUUGUUACGUGCAAUCGUGUUAAAAAGUUGAGCCAAACUGAAUGUGUGAAGGUUGUACCUACUCCAAAUAAUGGAUUCGAGGAGCUUGUUCCAAUUCAGAAGAGACUCAAACCAACUUCGGAUGAUAACAACGGAACAUCUGAUGAGUACAUGCACUGGAUUGAGUUUCAAAAGACAGUGCUAGUAUGCGAAGAUGAAAGUAAAGCACAGUUUGAACCUGUUUCAUUUCCAGUCGAUUGGAGUUUCAAAGCGUAUUCGAACUGGAAGGGAUAUGAAAAUGUUGAGAAGUUAAAAGAUGCACAGAUCAAGUAUGGAAAAAAUGAUAUGGAGAUGGUGCUACCCAAAUUCAAGUCCUUAAUGGCCGAGAGAGCCACUGCGCCUUUUUUCGUGUUCCAGGUGUUCUGUGUGGGUCUGUGGUGUCUGGACGAGGCAGUCUACUACUCCCUCUUCACUCUCUUCAUGCUAGUCAUAUUCGAGGCCACUCUAGUCCAGCAGCAGAUCAAAAACAUGUCCACCAUCAGAGACAUGGGCAACAAACCCACAAAUGUGUAUGUCUACCGCAACAAGAAAUGGGACAUAGUGCUCAGCAAUGAAAUAGUAUCAGGGGACAUAAUAUCAGUGUCCAAUAGCGCAAUCAAUUCGACUAGUGCUCCAUCCUCAGGAAUGGGGUGCAGGAAACCAACUAUCGCUGCCGCUUCAAGUGGAGGUUCAGUAUCGUGUGAUCUGCUGCUACUCAGAGGCCAAUGUAUUGUAGAUGAGGCGAUGUUGACUGGCGAGUCAGUUCCUCAGAUGAAAGAACCAAUCAGCGACCAGCUACUCAGUCUCAAACAAUCUUCGUCUUCAUCGUCCGAUUCGAACUCGAUCGCAACCGACGAAUCUCACUUCAACCUUGCCGCACAUGGAAAACUACAUGUAAUAUACGGGGGAACCAAAGUGCUUCAGAGUAGUUUCAGUUCGAAGUCUUCAUCGGCAGGGAGUGGCAGUGAUAAUAUUUCGUCGUCUGCCCUGUACGGAGGACUGGCCAGUAUUAAGGCACCUCCAGAUCACGGAUGUAUGUGCUUCGUGUUGAGGACUGGUUUCAAUACAUCUCAGGGUAAACUUCUCAGAACAAUUCUGUUUGGAGUGAAAAGAAUCACAGCCAACAACUUAGAGACCUUCUUCUUCAUCCUCUUUCUCCUCAUCUUCGCAGUAUCAGCAUCCAGCUACGUAUGGAUCCAGGGCACCAAAAACCCCGCCAGAAGUCGAUACAAACUCCUAUUGGAAUGUACUCUAAUCAUAACAUCAGUAGUUCCGCCAGAGUUGCCGAUUGAGUUGUCUCUGGCUGUUAAUAACUCGAUGAUAGCAUUGGCAAAAGUGGCCAUAUUUUGCACAGAGCCUUUUAGGAUCCCGUUUGCAGGGAAGAUUGAUUUCUGCUGCUUUGAUAAAACGGGAACUUUGACGUCUGAUACGUUUAUAGUGGAAGGCGUGGCUGGUUUAAAAGAAGGCAGUCACAGGAAUGACGAUAACGAUCCUUCGACUCGCGAUGAGAGUUCUGUAACUCCAAUUUCGGAAGUGCCAAAAGCUACCCUGGAAGCACUAGCCACCUGUCACAGUCUGGGCCACAUGACUUCAUCAUCAGCAGUAUCAGCGGCCUCGUCUUCGACUUCAGAUGGUGCUUCGGGGAGUGGGGGGAAGUCGGGUGGCAAGGACUCGAGCAGCACGUUGAUAGGAGACCCCCUGGAGAAAGUGACAUUCAGUGCAAUACAGUAUACAUUGUCCAAAAAUGACGUUGUGUCUCCUCCGACCGGUGCCUCUUCUAAGGACAAGGAUAUGAGGCCAUGGCAGAUAGUGACCCGAUUCCACUUCACCUCCAAACUGAAGAGGAUGACCACUCUGGCCGCCCAGACAUCGCCCUACACUGGCGAGACUAUGCUGCUGGCUGCGGUGAAAGGAGCACCUGAAACUCUCAAGAACAUGUUCGAAUCUGCACCCGACUAUUACGACCAAGUCUAUCAUGACAUGACUCUAAGUGGGUCGAGAGUUCUGGCAGUUGGCUACAAAUACAUUCAAAACACUCCGAUUUCAUCUGCAAAACAACUCACGAGAUCCGAUUUGGAAUCGAAACUUGAAUUCGGUGGAUUCCUCGUGGUAUCUUGUCCUCUGAAAUCGGACAGUAAAUCUGUGAUGAAAGAUAUUCUAGAAUCUUCUCAUCAUGUAGCAAUGAUUACUGGUGACAAUGAGCUAACUGCUUGUCAUGUAGCGAAAGAGUUGAAGAUUGUAGAUCCGGCUAAAAAGGAUAACAGCAAAAUAAUGGUUCUAAGAGCGGUAGAAAAUAAACGAAACGGAUCUCCGGAAUACGAGAAAAGUGGAUCCCUGGAAUCGAAACUGGAAGGUGAUAAGUGGGCGUGGACUUCGAUCGAUGGGAAACACAUGUUGCCUUUGGAAAAAGAGGAGAGAAAUGCUAUUAAGAGUGGAGGCCGAAAUUGGUGGAAAAAGUACAGUUUCUGCUUGACUGGGACUGGAUUGCAGUUUCUACAGGAUCUCAGUGCAGGCGAUAGUAAAUCAUCAGUGGGCCAUUUGUUGAGUAGAUGGGUCCCGAGAGUGAAUGUGUUUGCACGUGUGUCUCCACAGCAGAAGGAGGAUGUAGUGACUCUGUUGAAACAACUAGGCUACCACACUCUCAUGUGUGGAGAUGGCACCAACGAUGUGGGAGCACUUAAACACGCCCAUUGUGGAGUAGCACUGUUGUCCAAGCCUCUCAAGCUUCCUGCCAAGAAGUCAAACAACCCGCUCAUGGACAUGUCACUUGCAGCUUCUUCUCAAAAUGGCACCGCCUCAAUAGGACAACACAGCGCUUCUUCGCCUACUCCUUUCGCCAUCAAGUCUCGAGGAGGAGCUGUGGCGCCUAGUGCAAAUAGCAGAGCAGCCCAACAUGCCAGAGCACAAGCGAGAGCAGAUGAAAUCAUGAAAAAAUCUCCCUUAGCUCAAAAACUGAUGAAAGAUCUCGAGGAAGCGGAAGGACCUACGAUUGUCAAACUGGGCGACGCGUCGAUCGCUUCACCCUUCACCUCCAAAGCCUCUUCAAUUGAAAGCGUCUGUCACAUUAUGAAACAAGGCAGAUGCACGCUAGUUACGACACUUCAGAUGUUUAAGAUCCUGGCCUUGAAUUCUCUGAUCUUCGCUUAUGGUCAAAGUGUGCUGUACCUAGACGGCGUGAAGUUCUCAGAUACCCAAGCGACGUUACAGGGACUGCUACUUGCGGGGUGUUUUCUGUUUGUGUCAAGAUCUCAGCCCCUGAAAGUGUUGUCGAAAGAGAGACCAUUGCCGAAUAUAUUUAAUUUCUACACCAUAAUGACAGUGUUCGCCCAGUUUUGCAUCCAUUUUUCGAGCUUGCUUUUUGUAGUGAAAGCUGUGAAAUCAGAACAGCCGCCCCUCGCUGAGGGCGAAUUUGUGGACCUAGAAAAAGAGUUCGAACCGAACACACUGAACAGUGUAGUGUACCUAGUGGACAUGGGAAUGCAAGUGUCCACUUUCGCUGUGAACUAUAGAGGGGAGCCAUUCAUGCAGUCCCUAUGGUCACACAAACCAUUGAGAGUCUCCUUGUUGACUACAUUCGGAGUAGUAUUGCUACUAGCUGCUAACAUGAUGCCAGAAUUGACAGAGUGGUUUCAACUAGUUCCCUUCUCAGAUCAGCUUCGCGAUUCAAUAGUGAUGGUGAUAGUCGUAGAUGCAGUCGGGUGCUGGAUUGUGGACAGAGCUCUCAGAUUCAUUUUUGGGCGGGGAAGUCUCAAACAAGUCCCUUAGCUAAAAACUAAAUUAGAUCGAAAGAGUUCACAGAAACCAAGCUGACUGAAUGAAGCGACCAUGUAGCCGAAAAGAGAUAACCAAUUCUGUACUUCGAAAAUAAAUUAAAUUUAUUAUAUGGUGACAAGAAGUUUGAAUGCUUGUUAUGCGAACUGUUUUUAAUGAAUAUUCCAAUAUGUUUAAUGUGGUUUCCAAUUAUAUUACCUGGCGAUAAAUAAAUUUCCAUUUAUGCUUUAAAGUUUACCUACAAAUUAAUCGCUUUGAAUGCCGUA